AUGACUGAAUUGAUGGAAGGUGUUGGAUGUCCAGCCCAUAUUCUGCACAAUGCUGCUCAUCAUACUGCGGCCAGUGUUCUUCCUGUUGAUGUUGAAGUAGUUGUUAAAUUGUUUUUAUACUUUGGUAUUUAUACUGCUGAAAGAUUUCUGCAACAACAGGAUUAUGAAGAUAGAAUAGAGAGUAACAGCAUUAUUGAAGUGCUUGGUGGUUUAAAAGAGCUUGUUGCAGUUAUAAGGGAAAGAAUUAAUGAAAAGUUUAUUCCUCUCAGUGUGAAGGAUUACCUUAACAAUGAUGAUAACAAAUCUGAAGAGAAAAAGGUGGAUAACUAUUAUGGCACUUGCCAUGAGUAUCUUGAGAAAUGGGUUUUGUGUUUUGAAAAUUUUGAUAACUUUACAUGGAUGUUAUUAGAUACAGUUCCAGCAUGGGAACAUGAAGAAUCCUCUUGUCUAGUGUUAAAAAAACAAAGGACAUUCACAGAUAAACCUUGUAAAAGUCUACACACUCAAAAACAUCGACAAAUAUUUCAUGAACCUGAAGAAAAUUUCUGGAUGGUUGUGACUAUUACAAUACCGUCAAGUGAAAAAAUAAAGGAAGGACAGUCAUUUAUUGACUAUCAAGAUGAAGAGGUACAAGAUCUAGUGUAUGAUUGUGUUUUAAAACAAGCUUACCGAAUGUUUAAGCUAUUUAAUGGAAGCUUCAUGAACAUUCUCCAACGCUCAAAACAGUCUGUAGUGGCAUUACAGCAGCGAUUAGAAUACUUCUUUGCAAGGUAUUUACUUACUUUAAAACUAUGUCAAAGUGACAUCCUUGAUGUUUUUGAUGGAAUUCACUUUCUGCCUCUGAAUAAGAACACCUAUCUCCGCAUGAAAUGUUUCAUAAACCAGGUGGAGGCCCAAUUCCCAGAAAUCAAAUACACAGCAUUCCUCUAUAAUGACCAGUUAGUGUGGAGCGGUCUUCAGCAAGACGACAUGAGAAUCAUGUACCGGUACUUGAUCACUGGGCUUUUCCCCAGUUUCUUGGAACAAAACCUAAUAUCCGAAAACAUAUCUCCAGUCAAACUAUCUGGGGUCACUGCAAGCUCACAGGUACAUUAUGGAAGAUUCAUCACGGGGCCACCAGAUAUCAAAGAUGAGAGCAAUAUGGGGAAGGUACCGCAUGUUUAUUUGAAUACCGAAGAAGAAAAUGAAGAAUGCUACUUGCUUGUAUAUAGAGCACUAAGUGCUAGUAUUUGUAUGUUUAUUAAUGUCAACACACCACUGACGUUUCAGACUUGUAAGAAAAUUGAUGCAUUCCUGGGACAAACUUUAACAACACUUGCUUCCGAUAUUGCUGAACAGUAUUCCAAAAAGUCAUUAAGUUUUAAUGAACCACAGUACAAAUAUGUGUACUUCAAUCAUAUGAAUCUGGCCCAGAAGACGACUGUACAUGGUGACAAUAAGAAAUCAACAAAUUUAAACAUUCCCCCUGAUACAAUCAAGCUCUUAAGUGACAUCAGUUCAGAUUUCUCUAAGUGCGAAGAUGAUGCAGAAACCAUUGUGAAAACUUUGAAUGACUCUUGGGUUGUAGGGAAAAAAUCUGACCAUCGAGAAUUCUAUGUGGUUAUUAACCAGAAAAAUGCCAAUCUCAUUGAAAUCAAUGAGGAAGUAAAAAAACUAUGCAGCACACACUUCAACAGUGUAUUUUUCUUGGAUUAAAAUAAACCAAUUGUUACUCUCUGCAUCAAAAUCUGUGAGAUAUCUUUCUAUUUGUUGAUCCAGUGAGAAUCACAAGUUUACAAUUUGGUUUUCCAAAACAAGCUGAAAUUUUGGCCCCACAGCUUCAGUAUUUUAUUCUAAAAAUUUUAAGCACAGUCAACAACAAAACUGGCACAAAAUCAAACAGGCUUUCUUAAAAACCACUGAAAAUUUGUGGAGUUCUUGCCAUUUUGUCAAGGGCAGCAAACAGAAUUUUCAGAAGCACACUCAUUUUAUAUUGAUACAUAUAUAUAUGCAUACAUAUGUCUAUUGACCAAAAUGAAGGUUAGAAGACUCAGGAAAAAUAUUUUGAUACGUUGAUCAAAAUGUAAGAUAGAAUUUUGCUAUUUUAGGGUGUUGUGGAAAAGUAAAGCUUGUUCUGUUAAAGAAAAAAAUAUGAAGAAAAUUUUAACCCAAACCUAGGACUUCCAUUGGAAUUCUUAUGCAAUUUGCACCAAUUGCCCACACCACUGUAUAUAAAUGUAAAAACAUGAGUUUGAGACACAGAUACAAACAUGAUUAACCACAAUGCACUGUACAGGUUUUAAUCUAAUUGUGGGACAUGCUGAAGGGAGUCUAUGCAGAUAGUUAAAUGAGAGGAUAAUCUAUUAUUAUGUAACGUCUGUGAAUCCAGAGACUGGAUGUCUUUUCAUAAUUAACUUUUUAUAUGUACCUAAUGUACUUGAUUGUAUGAGCAACUGAAACAGAAAGAUACUUGAAAAGGCGGCUAUACUUGUAUGUGUAGAAAGCAGUAUCCCUCAAUGAAUGAAUAUAUGUGUGUGUAAGUUGUCUAAGAGUCCAUAAGUCAGGAAAAAAUGCACUUAUAUAUUUGUCAAAAGAGUGGGUAUAUUAUCCAAAGCAUACAGUAUUAUAUAUCCAUUACAGCCGAUAUGGUAAUUUCAUUCUGUAUCAGCUACCUCUGAUGAGUGCAAGGUUACUUCAUUGGAUUAUUACCUAACACUCCAUUGAAUCUCUAGCAUGAAACCAAUUGGUAAGAUCAGCCAUAAUGGAUAUAUUAUACUGUACACUUUGGAUAAGAUAUAUAUGUGUGUAUAUAUACAUCUGCACAUAUAUAUAUAUAUAUAUAUAUAUAUAUAUAUAUAUAUAUAUAUAUAUAUAUAUAGUCUGUGUGUGUGUGUAUAAAUGUAUAAACAAAUUAAUUUAGGCUGUUAAAUAAGAAGGAAAGUAUUUCAUUCCUGCAUGGUACAUAUAUUCAUUUUAAAAUAGCAAAUUAUGGAAUUUUAAAUCUUGGUGUGUGUGUGAGAUGCACAUUCGUUCAUUCUUACGUCUAUUUUACUAUGCUAGCAUGGGUUAGGUGAAUAAAUAUUACUGAGUCAAUUGUUCAUUUGUUUUAGAAAUGGAUGUCCUUUCUGUCACUAACCCUUACAUAUAUAGAUAUAUAAAAAUUUUGUUUCUAGCUGAUCUUUAAUACAUUAGUUAUUUUAAGGUUUCUUUUACAAUUGAAACUAGCAAGCUUUAAAAAAUAACUCAUCAUUAUGUAAUGAGAUCUAGAAUAUUAAAAGGAUAUUUAAAUUUUAAACUUCAGUGUUUAAUUAUUAAUCCAGCUUUUAAUUGAUUAAUUGUGUUUAACUUCACCACUAUUGGUUGAUAAUUGAAGUUUGUCUGGGUUGAAAAGAAUUGUUGCUCUGCAAACUUUGUGGCAUUGGUCCCCAAGUAACUUGUCUGACCUUAUAUCAAAUAUUCUGUCUAAUGUGUUUUAUUUCGACUCAUAAUAAAUUAGGAAUUUGAGGGUUUUAGACAAAUUCCUGAACUUCUUUAUUAUUAUACUAGUGUCUAGAAUAUAAUUUAACAAAAGUUUCUUACAUAAAAUUAUAAAGCUUACACUUAAAUAUUAACAAUUUAAAAUGGAUAGUUUUGUAUUACAGAUUUAGAGAAGGUUAACAUCAGUUGCUGUCAAAACAGUAAGGGACAUCUGCAAAUGAUCCCUUGUUGAUGGUAGAUGGAACAAGGGUAAGUUGAUGUUGAGGCCUAGUUCAGUACUGAUUGGGGAGACCUAGCGUCAUCGUCAUUAUCAUCUUGUCGUAGAUUUUUAGGGGAACUGGAGUUUUUCACAUAUAGUGUAUCUAGGACUUUACUAGUCAGUUUUUUUUUUUUUUUAACAGUAGGUGUAAUUUUAGUAUUUAAACUGCUAUUUCUAGUAGGCUAAACAUCAACCUAAAAGGUCAUCCAUUGACUAUAAAUAAAAACAUGGCAGUAGUAUCAAAAUUAUAAUACAUUUAAUACUCUAUUUGCACAUUUUCUGCUCGAGUCUGAUCCUUUAAAAAAACAUUUCUCCAAUGAAAAAUCUGUUGACAUCAGAGCUCCCAAAUAUUAAAUAAACAAUUUUAACAUUUUCCGUGUAUUUAAGAAGCAAAAUAGACAUUUGACAGAAAUUUAUUCAAUAGUGUCGGAUUAAUUGAUAGGGAAAACAUGUUAUCCAACAUCCACUCGCCACGGACAUUGAAAUGAACGGCGACGACUGACAGAAAAAACUUUUCAUGUAUGUAUUCCUCGAAAUUGUUAUUUUUUCUUAAUAAAAAAGAUAAGUAACAUUUUAAUAAAAAAAGUGGGCACAAAUCUAA